CACCGGUCCUCUAAAAACAUGUAGCAGAUCACCGUGUAAACAGAACCCAGACCACUUCGCUUCCAUUUCAACUUCGGACUCAUCAGAGAUGGCUCUCUGCCUUGCCGGUCCCUCAACGGCGAUGUGGAAAUGGACACCUUCAAAAAUCUCUACAUCGCCAAAGCAGAUGCGUAACAGAGGUUUUCAGGUUAAGGCGCUAUUCUUCAAUCCCAUAGAAGAUCCAGUCCUCAAAGAAGCUCUCAAGGAGCCUGUUGCCUUCAUGGGAGGAAUCUUUGCUGGUCUCCUAAGACUUGAUUUGAACGAGGAGCCACUUAAGGAAUGGAUUACAAAAACAGUGGAGGCCUCUGGGAUAACAGAAGAAGAAAUUUAUGUAGAAGGACCACAAUCAGAAGGACCGGAACAGAUUGAGAUUGAAUGAUGUCUUUACUAGUAGCCUGUGUAUCAAAUUUAUUUGCUUGAUGUUCUAAAGUUAUACAAAGAUGCAGUUUGUAUAAAACGAAAAUCAUUUUGUUAUUAAUGAGUAUUUGCAAAUUAUUUAAGUUUCA